UAUUUUUAGUACUAUUCAAACCAAAACCUAUACAUACAUACAAUAUAUAAACAAACUUUUUACUUCUUUUUUCUUAUUGUCAAAACAAUCUCUUAAAGCUUUUAACAAAUCAACUUAUAUUUUCAACCUCUUGAAAAGCGUUCAACAUAAAAAUGUGUGUAUGUACUAUUUGCUUGCCAAUUCACCCCUUAAAUUAGUCAAUGUCUUGUUUUUUUCUCGAUCAGUUCUUUUUAUUUUUUUUUACUUUUAAAAGAGAAGAGGAGAUCGAUGUUGGUCCAACAAAAAUACAUUGCAAAAAUACGCGUUGAAAGGCUUUCCCCCCUACCUUCAUCUUCCCUCUCCUCUACCUCUCCCUCCCUUUUUUACCUCAAUAAAUGCAAACAUUCUCAAGUCUACUAAAAGGGUGACUGACUUUCUUUCCUUCGAGAGUCAAGCAUAUAAUAAUAUUUUUUUAUAUAUUUUGGUAGGCCCUCACGUUGAUCUCUCCCUUUUCCCUUUUUUACCAAAAAAAAAUUUUUUGUUCCUUUUCCCAAUUUCCCUCAGUAUCCCCCACUCAUUUUCUUCUUUUCUCUUUUUAAAAGUGUGUAGAUAGGUAGAUGUUUGGCCGUAAAAGAAAACGUACAAAUGGAUGACAAAAACCACUACAACCAUCAAAGACAGCAACGGCCCUCCCCCUAUACCUAUUUACAUUCAAAUACUUUCCAAGGACAAUCGACGCCUGUGGCUGGGCCAAGCAGUAGACGUGAAUCACCCCAACAACCAAAUUAUUUGUGGCAACAAUCGGAGGAUUACGAAGAGAGGGAAAGAGAUCAGCAAGAAUAUAUUAGCUUUGUGAAUCAAAGACGGCCUUAUUCUCGAACAUCUGACACAGCUAGCAUUCAAUUUUUGAACGACGAUAGAUUACGUCAAAACGAGAGAUCAGGUAGAAGAACUGCAGACAGCAUUGGCGUUGCUGGGGUGGGUGGGAGUCGAAGACAACUCGAAAAGGACGAACCUAAAGAGUUGUUUGCUGAAGACGUUGCUCAAAUCCGAGUUACUGAGGUGGGGAAAUAAAGUUUUUGAGUGGGUUAGAGUUAAAUAAAUUGUUGGCUAUAUAGAGAUUUUUAGUAUUAAAGGAGGUUUGAAAUAGG